AUGGCAGAAGUUUCGGAUCAGCAGGUAGCAUUAGAAAUGGAAGAAAGAGAAGAACGAGAACACUUCGCUCGCGUUAUUAAUUCUUUCAAAUGUUACAAAAUGCACAGCUUGAAGCGGCUUCAGUUGAGUAAAGUAUCCUACAGCAACCUCUGUGACCAACACAAAAACAGAAUCCUGGGAUACAUCGACAACCUUGAAACCAUCCAGACCUGUAUCAUCCACAAUUACGAAGUGAUUAAACUCAUUCUACAAGACUGCCAGUACAUGCUUCUCAACAAGGAGGAGUGCAUUUCUGAAGCUGAUUUUAACAGAGUGAAGAAAAAUGAUUGUGCGCCUCCAACGUGUGAGGAAAUGGACAAGGUCAAAACGACACUAAAACAGAUCAUGAGAGACUGGAGUGAGGAUGGCAGAGCUGAGAGGGAGGCGUGUUAUCAGCCAGUCAUGCACGCAGUGCUGACACGCUUGGGCUCAAGAAAACCAUCUGAGGUCGAGAUUUUGGUGCCAGGUGCAGGACUGGGGAGGCUGGUAUUUGAAUUUGCCAGGUUGGGCUACUCCUGCCAGGGGAAUGAGUGGAGUCUACACAUGCUUUUGGCUUCCAAUUUUAUUUUAAACAGAUGUCAAGAGAGGAACUCAAUGGUUCUCUACCCCUGGAUCCACCAGUUCACCAACAACCUGGCCACUAAAGACCAGACCAGGCGCUGCAUGUUCCCAGACAUCUCACCCCUGCAGAUCAGCCCUGAGGCAGACUUCUCCAUGGUGGCUGGAGAUUUCACUAAAAUUUACACUGAACCAAAUUCUUGGAAUGCAGUGGUGACUGUAUUCUUUUUGGACACAGCCCAUAAUAUAAUUGAGUAUUUGGAAACAAUUUACAGUAUUCUGGUACCUGGAGGAUACCUUGUGAAUUUAGGUCCACUGUUGUACCACUGGGCUGGUCAAGUCAAUGAGAUGUCCAUAGAACUAAGUUAUGAAGAAGUUUAG